AUGCUGGAGAGAUCUUUACAAAUUAUCGGCGCCAUGAAGCGCCAGAACGUGAGGACCCUCGCCCUCAUUGUGUGCACCUUCACCUACCUGCUCGUCGGAGCUGCCGUCUUCGACGCGCUGGAGUCCAAGCAGGAGACCUCGGAGAAGAAGAACCUGGAGGAGAGGAGAUUCGAGCUCAUGAAUAAAUACAACCUGAGCGAGAAGAAAUACGAGGAACUCGAGCUCGUUGUCCUGAGACUCAAACCGCACAAAGCUGGGGUCCAGUGGAAAUUCGCUGGAUCCUUUUAUUUCGCCAUUACUGUGAUCACAACUAUCGGGUAUGGCCAUGCUGCUCCCAGCACUGAUGGAGGGAAAAUUUUCUGUAUGUUUUAUGCUCUGCUUGGGAUCCCACUCACCCUGGUCAUGUUUCAAAGCAUGGGAGAGCGAAUCAAUACAUUUGUCAAGUACCUCUUACAUAGAAUCAAGAAGUGCCUGAGGAUGAAACGAACAGAAGUCUCCAUGGCAAACAUGGUCAUCAUUGGCUUUUUCUCCUGCAUUAGCACCCUGUGUAUUGGGGCUGCCGCAUUCUCAUAUUAUGAGGAUUGGACAUUUUUCCAUGCUUAUUACUAUUGCUUCAUCACACUCACUACCAUUGGUUUUGGGGAUUACGUAGCUCUACAGAAACACGAUGCUCUUCAAAAGAACCCUCACUAUGUGGCGUUUAGCUUUGUCUACAUUUUGACAGGCCUCACAGUAAUUGGAGCAUUCCUCAACCUGGUAGUUCUGAGGUUCAUGACGAUGAAUGCAGAAGAUGAAAAACGAGAUGCAGAGCAGAAAGCCUUGCUAAUAAGAAAUGGACAAAGUACCAUCCGUACAACAGAAACUUCUGGCAACUUCCGCAACAUGUAUGCAGAGGUUCUUCAUUUUCAUUCCAUGUGUUCGUGUCUCUGGUAUAAGAGUCGUGAAAAGUUGCAUUAUUCAAUUCCUAUGAUCAUCCCCAGAGAUAUAUCCACAUCCAACACUUGCAUUGAACAGAGUGAUGCAUCUCCCAAUAGGCUUCCUGAAAAUUUUUCAAAUGGUUGUGUGUGUAAUUUGCACAGAUCUACGAUUAGCUCCGUGUCUACAGGACUGCACAGCUUGUCUGCUGUCAGAGGGCUAAUGAAAAGAAGAAGUUCCGUGUAA